UUUCUCCCUCCAGUCACAUCUGAUGGGGCUUUUUAUUAUUUGAGAAAUGAAAAGCUAAAUUAAACCUGACGAAAAAAAAGAGAGAGCGCAAGGGCAGGAUUGAUUUACUCGCUGUAUUGGUAAAUAUGACCACGUGAUCCAUGUAACCAAUCCCUGUAGAUGCAGGCCAGGAAAAAUACUAUGAUUGUUCAUAGAGGGAAGCUUCCCGUAACAGUGCAACCCUUAUUAUAUGAGUAGGAAGAGAUCAAAAAUGUCUUCCAGUGGCACUCUCAGUAACUGCUAUGUGGACGCUAUCAUGGGGCAGGAGCCGGAGGAUGUGUACGGUGCUCGCUUUAUUCAGGCUCCACACUCGGUGACCCCGAGGCCGUCAGGUGCUGGGGACAACGCAGACUUCUCCUCUUGCAAUUUCGCACCCAAGUCCGCCGUUUUCCCGUCGUCUUGGUCCUCGGUUCACCCGCAGGGGAUUUAUCAUCCGUACGUGCACCACCACCACCACCACCAGUCCCAUCUCCCCGCGUCGGACGGCAGAUAUGUAGGCGUCCGCUCCUGGAUGGACCCCAUCUCCAACCACGUUUCGUUCGCCGGAUUUCACCCCAGCAGUCGGCAGUACGGGACAAAGCCAGAAGUCUUGCCACCGAAAGCUACAGAGUGCGACACGUUGGAGGCUGAGGCUCGGCCGCUCGCCGGCGAAUUCGCGUGUGGAGUAUCGGAGUGUCCAGAAAAAGCGAGCAAAGAGCACAGUGGAAGUGAGCUUUCGAGCCACAGCGAGCCCAAAGAGGAGAAACAACAACAACUUGACCCAAACAACCCUGCAGCAACCUGGAUUCACGCGCGCUCCACGAGAAAGAAGCGAUGCCCGUACACAAAAUAUCAGACUUUAGAGCUGGAGAAGGAGUUCCUCUACAACAUGUAUCUGACAAGAGACCGACGCUAUGAGGUGGCCCGCAUACUCAGUUUAACCGAGAGACAAGUGAAGAUCUGGUUCCAGAACAGGAGGAUGAAAAUGAAGAAGAUGAACAGAGAGAGGAGCGGCAAGGACCUGCUAUGAAAUCACUGCCAACUCACACAUUUGUAUACCCUAAGGAAGCCAUCUGAACAAUUACAUUCAUUUUGGCAGGAGCCUCGGUAGCCAUUUUAAAACAUUUUUUAGACCCCUCUAGGUAUAGCGUAAUAUUGCGUGUCAGUGUCAUAAUGUGUUGGCCAAAUAUGCAUCAAAAUCACAUGUGCAGGAAUUUGUCUUUGGUGGAUAUAAGACAGAAUCCGUCUCAUAUUAAAAAAAAUGUUAUUUGUUUUACACAGCCACAAGCAGCCUGUGCUUGGAGGAAACGUGCCUAUGUGUAUUGCUUUUAUAGUUGUUAAGAAUUUGAAGUUGUAUAUAAAACAUUUUCACAGCUGAAACACUCUGACUGC